AUGGUCAUCAAACACAUCCUGAUCUUGAUUUUUCUAGUUCUUCAGUUAUCAUCCGCAAAGGUUACGUACAACGUCACAAGUUUUGGAGCCAAACCAGACGGCCGCUCAGACUCAAAGAACGCGUUCAUGAAAGCAUGGAAUCUGUCAUGUAACUCUACUAGCCCCGCCGUAAUCUAUGUACCUGCUGGGAGGUACUUGAUUGCCUCGGCGCUUACAUUCUCUGGUCAAGCAUGUAAGAGCCGAGCCAUCACAUUUAACAUAUAUGGUACCUUGGUGGCACCAUCUAGUUAUAAUGCUAUUGGCGAUGCGCAAGUCUGGAUCAAGUUCUACAUUGUUAAGAAUGUUACCAUAAACGGUGGAACGCUUGAUGCUCAAGGAUCUUCUCUAUGGGCCUGCAAAUUAGCUGGAAAAGCAUGUCCUCAAGGGUCUACGACACUUGGUAUCUACCAUUCCCAAAAUGUAGUGAUCAGCAAACUAAGGUCAUUAAACAGCCAAAUGUUUCACAUUCUGCUCUAUGGUUGCAAGAACGCGAAAAUACAAGGAGUUAGCAUCUUGGCACCUGGGCUCAGCCCGAACACUGAUGGCAUUCAUUUGGCAUUAUCCACAGGAAUCACCAUUUUGAGCUCUAAGAUCUCAACAGGUGACGAUUGCGUCUCAAUGGGCCCAGGAAACUCUAAUAUCUGGAUAGAAAAGGUGGUUUGCGGGCCGGGUCACGGCAUAAGCAUUGGGAGUCUAGGAUGGGAACUGAACGAACCGGGUGUCCAGAAUGUAACCGUAAAAACUACCACAUUCGUAGGUACAACGAACGGUCUGAGGAUAAAAGCAUGGGCAAGGAAUAGCAAUGGGUUCGUUAACGGUGUUUAUUUCAAGGGAGCAACCAUGAUGAACGUUCAGUUCCCGAUCAUAAUAGACGGAAAUUACUGUCCCAAUAAUAACAACUGUCCGAAUGAGGCUUCAGGAGUAAAGAUCAGCAACGUGGUGUACGAAAACGUGCAUGGAACAUCAGCAACACGCGUGGCAGUGAAGUUUGAUUGCAGCAAGGGGAAUCCGUGUAGAGGAAUUGUAUUGAAGGAUGUUGACCUUAAAUUUGGAGGUCAACCAGCGAAUUCGUCUUGCUCGUAUGCUGCAGGAACUGCUUCUGGAUUACUUCAACCUACAAGUUGCCUGUAACUGUUGUAAUGUGUCAAUCUUGUUGAGUAGGCAUGCUUUAGGUUUCGGGUUAGCUGGUUGAAUUUUUGAAACCCAUGUAUUAAUUUGUAUAAAGGACAUGCAUAACUCCAAGCUGAGAUAAACGAAAGAAAGUGAAAAGAAUGAAAGAUAAAAGAGAGAUUUAUGUGUUAUCUUCCCUAUGUAUCAUGCAUAAUUUAUGUAGAGAAAAAACGUUAAUGCACAAUUGUCACA